AACCACUUCCGGUAUGUAAGUCAUCCGAAAACAAGAAGAUUUCAUUUGGAAAAGCUUAAAAUCUGCAGGAAUUCCUUCGCUGUGGCUGUAAAGCUGCAGUUUUUUGAGGACCGCGCAGUUUUUCCGACGAUAGAAGCGACGGAGCGUCGGUCUGAGCGCAAAAUGAAGAAUAAAAGCUCGGAGAAGAGGCGCCAUGUGGUGGCCUGGGUGAACAAAGCGGAGUGGGACCAGGUCCUGGAGUACCUGUACUCCCAGGACCCCUCCCUGCAGCUCACCGCCCUGCACCGGAUCUCCGCCUGGAAGGCCCGCUACGCCGGCGGCAUGCCGGUGGCGGUGGACUGCACGGCGGACCUGGUCCGGUGCCAGGUGCUGGACCGGCCCGGACAGAUGAGCGGGGACGACCUGGUGCUGCUGUACGGGUCUGCUCUGGUGAGGUUUGUCAACCUGAUCACGGAGCGGCAGCAGGGGAAGGUGGCCCAGCCCCCUGAGCGUCUGGCCGGGAAUCUGAACAUCCCGGAGUGGGUGGUGGACCUCAGACACGACUUCACCCACAGGAAGCUGCCCACGCUGAAGUGGUGCCGGAAGGGCUGUAAGGUGGUCCUGGAGUGGCUCCAGCAGGAGUACUGGUCCAGGCAGAUGGGGGGAGGCCCCGAUGAGGACUGGGACUCGCAGAGUCUGAUGGAGAGGAUGAGGAGGACCAGCCUCAGACAACAGGAUGAACUCGUUGCUCAGCAGAAAGAGAUGGAAGCCUACAAGAAUGCCCGAGAACUGCUAAUAUCCUAUGAAAAGGACCAGUAUGAGGCCUUCAGUGCCCUCCCAGAAGACAAAACCAGGAGCUUCUGCCCAUCCCCCUUUGCAGACAUGAGCUGGCUACUGGGUGAGAUCAAGCAGUUUUCUCUGGAGUACAGCAGUCUGCUGAUCGACGUGUUGCUGGAAGAAGGCUUUCUGAUCCCCACCAUGGAGCAGCUGGACACUCUGGGCUGCAACACCUCUGAAAACGCUGACCCUGCUCAACCCAGACUCCCUCAAACCUUCCUGCGCUUCUGGCUGCCGCUGCUGAAGGUCCUCAACUCGCCGUCCUUCAUCCACCUCCUCCUGGAGAAGCUGUUCGCUGAGCUGAAGCUUCUCACCGGGGAGCAGAACGCCAAUCACAGGUUUUUUUACGUCUCUGCUUGGACCUCCGAAGUCCUCCUUUGUAACAGCAACAAAUUUGAGUACCAUUUUGAAACAAAGAUGCAGAAGAAGGCCAGAGUGAGGGACCGGAUCUUUGUGAACCGCAUCCAGCUGAGGUGGCAGCAGCUGCUGUCCGCCUGCCUGGAUGCCCCCUGCGUCAGCACGCCUCACCUGCUCCAGUUGAUCCUGGACGACAUGGAGCAUCCUCUGCCUCUGGAGACCCUGGGAGCGGCUGCUGCAGCUCUGCUCCCAUCUACACGCAGACUGAGCGCGCCCGACUCCUCCCACGGUUCACAGCAGAAGCAGCAGCAGCAGCCCAUAUACACGCUGGAGAGUUUGCACGAGAAGCUGCAGCACUCCCGCAUCAGCAGCCGUCCGCAGCGCUCCCAGUCCUCCCAGGAACACAAAGUGGCAGAUGUUCAGGCGGAAGCGGCGAAGGCGCUCCGAGGCUCUCCGUGGCAGGUGUGCUCCGACGACACCUCGUGGAAGAACUAUCCUCUGGGGAAAGUUCCUGGACAGUCCGACGACCCGUCGUGCCUCAUGCUGAAGAACUACUCACCCAUGACGGUGUUCGACCAGCCGGUGGAGCUGGAGAAAGACGCGGCGCCGAGCAGCCUGCGGGUCUCCACGCCGGCCAGAACGCCUGAGGGGCUGCUCUGGAACCUCGAGACAUGAACAAGCGAAGUCUGGACUGCAGCUUCUUUUGAUUCCUGCUGUAUUUUGGGGAGUGGGAACUUGUUGUGUUCUUUCCAGAAUGAGAUGAAACCAUGAGAUAAAUGUUCUGUGGCUCAAUCUUCACAAAGCGGCAGCAAACUGCCGUUUCAACAUUUCAAAUGUCACAAAACUGGGACGUUGUGUUUAUGUGAUAACCAACAGACUUUGUUUGAAUCUCCUCUUUGUGGUCUUGUUGACUUCAGUUCCUCUGAAAAUAAACAGUUGCAGAAAAUGCCUGAAAUAUUUGUGCCACUGUUUUAAUAAUCCGAUCUAAACAGCGGUUCGACUUCUGACAUUUCAAAGCGAGUGUCUCUCAAAUUUGUUUUGUUAAUGUGGCUGCAGAUAGAAUAAUCAUUAAGCAUUUGAUUUGUAAUAAAUCAGUCUUUUGAUUUUCAUAGUUAAUGAACAGAGCGAAGCCUGAAAGCUCAUCUGACUUUCAGUUCACUCAGUUUAGUUUUUAGGAGAAAUAAAACCACAUUAUAGUGAAAUUCUAUUUUCAUUCUGGUUGAUUAAGGAAUUCAUUCAUCUUUGUUUAAUCCAGUUUAAAUCUGUGUACUGGAACAUGUCUGACAGGAUUAACAGAGGGACACACAUUCACACUUCGUCAUGAAUAUUACUAACGAAACACUCGUCAGUACAGUCAAACCAUUAACUUACAACCUGUUCUUUAUCUAGACAUUAAGCUGUGGUGUAAAAGUGGGAUUUUUUUUCCUGAAAAUUUUCCAAAAGAAAAAAAAAAAAAUGCUUCAAAGCCUCAAAUCUCGGGGCGACACCUUGAAGUUUCUAGUAUUUUCCUGAGAGAAAGACACCAAUUAAAUGUAAAUAAUGUCAAAUAAUCUGAUCAGAAAUGAACUGUGAAUGUUUGAGUUUGGAGCGUCGUUACAACUCGUUGUCUUUGUUAAAAGGAUGUGUGAAGCCGUACUGUGGAAGUAUUGACGGUUCUCUCAGUUCUCUCCACCCUUCAUGUUCUGUUCUAUAUCUGUAGUUUUACUACAUGCCAAAAUGACAAUGACAACAUUAAAAAAACAAUGCAAAUAUGAUUUUGUUUUGUUUUUUCCCAUGCUGAAAUAUUUGUUAAU